UAUCCACCGAAGAUAUCAAAACAGGUAAAUGCGCACUCGUCAGAUACAUGUUAAUUAGUAUGGUACUUUGAUCUGUGAACAAACAGAAGCUCGAAUUAAGGCUGAACAAAAUGUUUAUUUCGCCAACAUCCACACGCUGAAUAGGAUGACGACUCCAAACUCAAGUGAACUAGGCUUGGUUUCAACAGUCGAAGAAAUAAGUGAACGAUUGAAGAAGUUUGACGUUCGACACUAUAACGCUGAAUACACUAUUCCAGAAGGCUUUGUUUCAGCAAGUGUCCUGGUACCAUUGUUUAUCAAAGACGGACAAGUCUACGUUCUCCUUACUUUGCGGGCUAAACAUUUGCGGUCUCAUGCUGGAUUAGUCGCUUUUCCAGGAGGUCAUGUGGAUGAAACUGACCAAUCGGUUGUAGAGACCGCGUUACGAGAAUCGGAAGAAGAAAUUGGGCUACCUGCCAAGAAUGUGGACGUUCUAACAGUACUUCCCCCUUGUUUUGUCCGACCAAAUAAAUUCGUGAGCUUAGUGGUUGGCAUCAUUCCAGCAAAUUUUGAACCAGUUUUGAACGAAGCAGAAGUUUCUAAGGCUUUCAGUCUACCAUUAAAGAGAUUUUUGAAAGAAGACGUGAAAAAAGAGUUUCCGUUAAAUGGAAUUGUUCAUUGGCUGUUCUUUUUUCACGAUAUAGUCGAUGGCGAAAAAAUUGAAACUUGGGGCUUCACGGGCAUGUAUUGUAUGCUAAUAGCGUUAGCCCUGACUUCUUCCGACCUAACAAUAGAAGUAUCAAAAGGAAUCGUUGUCAAUAAGGACUCAGUAUUUCAGGAAAAGCGUACUUAUGCGGAUUUUUUAAGAUGGACUUCUGCUCUUCGUAAUUCAAAACUGUGAUGUUUGCAUUAAUGAAUUUGACUAUGAAUGCUGUACAGUCUGUUUUAUUUGGAUCUGUUAACAAAGUUUUAUAACUUAUGUAAUAACUUACU